UGUUAAGUUGAGCGAAAUGUGUUGUGGGUAACCCUCAACAUAUGUCAAAACAACGUGGUGCCACCUUUUCCUCUCCGAUCAAUACCCCGUCCUAUUCAAACGGGAAACGGCCUGAGCCGAGGUUCGAACCCCUAGCGGCGCUCUCAGACUAAAGUCGUAUCCGUCAGGCGGCCUUUAGCCGCUUCAUAAGUCCGUCCGUGGGUUUGGAGUGCAUCAUCCAUCUGCACUCGCCACCUGUCGUCCGGUGAAGCUGUAAAGGCCAGCUGCGUGGUGCUAAAAAAAGUGCCAGCUAUUCCACUGCUAUCUCGAGAAUUAUUUUUUAUACGCUAUUGGUGUUUCGUUAACCGAAGAAUCUUGAUCUUAAUAUAAAUUGAAAUGAAAAACUUUAUUGAAUCUACAUACAUAUUUAUCGCUACAGUUUUCAAUGCAAUUCCUAGUUAUAGCAAUGUCGAUCUCGAUUAAAACUAGUAACAGUCAGUUUUUUAGUUUUAUCGUUAUAGAAAAGCAAAGAAUCGGACCCCAUACAGCCGUCUAAUCUGCAGUAUGAAACAUUGAAAACACUAUUCGAUGACAUUGACAGUUGUUUUAUAAUUUGAUGUUCACAUAUAUUUUGAACUGUCGUGGUAAUAUGUGAAUAGAAAUUCCAAUGAUAAUAGUUACGCGAAAUGCACCAAUAUUUAUAAUUAAUUAAUUCAAUUUGUAAAUGCUAUUAUCUCGGUAUUGGGAACUGUAAUUAUAUUAAAAUUUGCAGACCAUGGGCAAAACUUCUAAAGACAAACGAGAUAUUUACUAUCGAUUGGCUAAGGAAGAAGGCUGGCGAGCCCGGAGUGCUUUUAAAUUAUUGCAAAUCAACGAAGAAUACAACAUAUUUGAAGGUGUAUUAAGAGCUGUUGAUCUUUGCGCGGCACCUGGUAGUUGGAGUCAAGUAUUAACGAAAAAACUAAGAUGUAAUACAGAAAAUGCAGACGACGUUAAAAUUGUAGCUGUAGAUUUACAGGCAAUGGCAGCUUUACCAGGUGUGAAACAAAUACAAGGGGACAUAACUAAGUUGUCUACAGCAAAUGAGAUAAUAAAGGAGUUUGAAGGAAUGAAAGCCGAUUUAGUUGUGUGUGACGGUGCUCCAGAUGUAACUGGAUUACAUGAUAUAGAUGAAUACAUACAAUCCCAACUACUCUUGGCUGCCCUGAAUAUAACAACACACAUUUUAAAAGAUGGUGGUGUUUUUGUUGCUAAAAUAUUUAGAGGCAAGGAUGUAACUCUGCUAUAUUCUCAAUUGAAACAGUUUUUUGAAAAUGUAACAAUUUCUAAACCAAGAAGUUCGAGGAACUCUAGUAUAGAGGCUUUUGUUAUAUGCCAACAAUACAAACCACCUGUAGAUUAUGUGCCAACUAUGUCUAACCCAUUAUUAGAUCAUAAAUAUUGUGAUUUCAAUCAGUUUACUGGGCCUAACAGAUUUAUUGUGCCAUUCAAUGCUUGUGGUGAUUUAAGUGCAUAUGACUCUGACACAUCAUACCCAUUAAUAUUGGAGGGUCAAACUAGCUAUGAAUACAAGGAACCAGUGCAAAGCCCCAUUGAUCCACCAUAUAAGGAGAUAUUAGAAAAAACUAGAAAUAUGCAAAUAAACAAUAAAUAGUAUUAAAACAUU